CUCGCAUUUAUAAACAUUACAAAAAAGUCAAGAUCGAUUCGUUCUUAUGGAAACGCAUGUAAACAAGUAUGAAUAGGGCCACCAUUAGUCCGACUCUUCAACAACUCUCAAUCUGAAGCAGUCAUUUACUUGUGGUGAUACCAUUUUAGAAGUGAUGUCACGGCAACUGGAGCCAUGGUGCGAUCUUGAGAACAAGGUGGUUCUAGUCACCGGGGCAUCCGCCGGAAUAGGCAGAGAAUUCUGUCUCGACCUGGCCAAAGCCGGCUGCAAAGUCAUAGCCGCUGCUCGCCGCGUCGACCGCCUCAAAUCUCUCUGCGAUCAAAUCAAUCAGCAUAGCUCCAUUAAUGCCCCUCUGGCUAUAGCUGUGGAGCUGGAUGUCUGCGCCGAUGGGCCGACCAUCGAUAAGUCUGUAGAGACUGCCUGGGAGGCGUUCGGUAGAAUCGACGCUCUUGUUAAUAAUGCCGGUGUUAGAGGGAAUGUGAAGACGCCGCUGGAUUUAACCGAGGAAGAGUGGGAUCAUGUGGUGAAAACGAAUAUGAAAGGGUCAUGGUUGGUUUCAAAGUAUGUAUGUAUUCGAAUGCGUGACACCCGAAUUGGAGGCUCCAUUAUUAACAUCUCUUCAAUUGCUGGUAUUGAUCGGGGUCAAUUACCUGGUGGUGUUGCUUAUGCUGCUUCUAAGGCCGGCCUCAAUGCCAUGACUAAGGUGAUGGCUGUGGAGCUGGGAGUGCACAAUAUCAGAGUGAACGCUAUAUCGCCCGGACUUUUUAAAUCAGAGAUCACAGAGGUUCUUAUGCAGAAAGACUGGCUGAACAACGUUGCUUUACGAACUGUGCCUUUAAGGGAAUAUGGUACUUCUGAUCCGGCAUUGACGUCCCUUGUCCGAUAUUUAAUCCAUGACUCCUCGCAAUAUGUUUCUGGCAAUAUAUUCAUUGUUGAUGCUGGAGCAACCCUUCCAGGUCUCCCUAUAUUCUCAUCCCUCUAAGGGAAUAUGCUACUCUUCUCUUAGUCCACACAUAAGGAGAGCCGAAAUUUACCUUUUGUAUCAGAAUUUAUAAAUGUUCUCAAUUUCUCAGUGUGCUUUUUGCAUUCUCCUUUCCUCAA